CACUUGUUUAAUACCUGUAUUAAAGUAUUCUUGACUGUUGGUGUACAGGUUACAUGCAGCUAUAAUGACCCUCGUGUAGAUAGACUUCAAGCCUCAUGAACGACCCAAUCAUAAUACUUAUAUACUGUCUCCAGAAAGGGUUUUUGUGCGAAGAUGACUGGACCAGCACCCAGAAUACACCUCAGUCGUGCAAGUACUACUGAUUCGGACCACCAUCACGACGACCACACUCACUACCAACAUGACAGCAGCGUAGGAGCGGCUACUGAUGCUGACCUGUGGGCUGCUUUCACCCCAGACCAUUUGCUGCUGCUGCGUCAGCAUUUUACACCUCCACGAGGGUGGCCAGGAAGGGCAUCACUGAGAGGUACAGACGACGAGGCAGCCAUGACCAGACUCUUGACUCGAUCUCAGUUCGUGGAGGCAGUCACCAGCAUCCUGGGGAGUGACAAAUUUGAGGGUGUAUGUGGUGCUAUCUUCGACACAGUAGUGGCUAGGAGCAGCUCUCCUAGCCUCACCUCUGGUGGGACGACUGUUCCAGCUGGUAACAUCAGUAGCAGCAGCAGUAGUAACAUCAGCAGUAGCAGCAGCAGUGUAGGGGGCAGUGGUAGUGGUAUGGGCAUCAGCUGGGCAGGACUGGUAUCAUAUCUUGGUAUGUGUGUGGACCUCAGGGGCAGCCAGGCUCCUUCACAACCCAUCUUCUCUACAGCUCCUCGCUACAGACUCCUCACCCAUAAUAAACGUGAAGCCAUUGGUGGAGCUGUGGUGUGCAGUAGCCAGAGUGUUAUGUUGGUGGGCGCUCGAGGAUCACUUACCAAGGUCCAACUCAAUAAGUGGAGGCAACAGCAACAUUCUCGCCUCCUGCUGGACUCCUGCCCGGACCAGGAACCUCCAGCACACACUCUACGUAAGGUGAGCCUCGGGACGUGGGUGGUGGAGGUGGCUGUGUUGGAGGAAGAGGUGGUGAUGGUGGCUGGUUCAUCUUCAACAUUACACGUGUUGGAGGCUGCCUCGGGGGCGGCCCAAGAGCUGCUACGUGUCACACACCUGCCAGCCAUGCCUGCCUGCCUGGCUGCUGGGUGUGUAGGUGAGGAGCGGUGGGUGGCGCUAGGUGACGACAAGGGGUCGGUCCACCUAAUCCGCUUCCCUCACCCGGUAUCCGAACUGCUCACUCGCUCCCGUAGUGAGGGGCUCACCUCCCUCACCUGGCAGGAGGUGUGUGGGAGGACUCAGCUGGUGAACGGUCGUAUGGUGGAGGUAUGUGGCCGAGUUCGGGUAGUUAGCGGAACCGGGGUUCACGGAGCCACCGUCCGCCGGGUUCACUAUCACCCGUCCACCUCUACCUUGGUCUCCUGUAGCAGUGAUCCCCGGGCCAGCGUGGUCCUCUGGGGCCCAGAUCAUGCCACCAAGACCUACACUUUUGCCAUACCUAGGGGUGUGCGGGUGUUCGCUGUGGAGUGGUCGCUACACGUGCUGGUGACGGGUAGUAUGGACGGCCGCCUGCGUCUGUGGAACCCCUACGUACCUGAAGCAGCACUGACGGCGCUGCCUCCAGCCCCAGGACGAGCACCGCCAGCAGAUCUUCUCAUCUCUCCCCACCGUCGUGUUAUCAUCUCCUGCGACGCUGAUGCUGUCAGUACCCACUUUGUUUCACUUGUACCACUCCGUCUUAAACGAAAUACUCACUCUGAAUUGAACAUUCCGUGUUAAAUGAAUCACUUAAUCUUAAAUGAACAGCACCGUCCUAAAUGAAUCACCCCGUCCUAAACAAAUCACUCAGUCUUUAACGAAUCAUUAAAUCUGUAUUCCAGUGAUGCUAACACUCUGCCUUGUAUUAUAUUUAACUAACACACUGGCUUGUGUUCUGUUCCACUAAGGCAAACACUACAUUGUGCACUGUUCCACUGUGA